AAUGAGCGGCUUAAGACUUGGGCUAAUUAAUUCUUCAGUGGAAUAUCUAUCAUUGUGGAAAAGUAUGAAGAUGAAAUGAAGUAAUUAAAAGUCGUUCAGUGGAAGUCUAUAUAGACAUUAGAAAACACAUAGCACCUUUCAUCCUCACCAACAAGAAGCACUCUACAUAUGGGAAACAUUACAAUCUCUAUGCUAUUUCAAGCUCUUGUUCUCAUACUACUGUGUUCUGGUUUAGAUUUUUGCGCUUCCAUAGACACCAUUACAUCCACACAAUCCAUCAAAGACUCUGAAACUGUAGUCUCCAAUGGCAAGAUCUUCAAGCUUGGAUUCUUCAGUCCUGUAAAUACCACAAAUCGUUAUGUUGGUAUUCUAUACAACAUCCCUGUGAUGACUGUGGUAUGGGUAGCUAAUAGAGAAAAGCCCCUAAUUGAUUCUUCUGGGAUUGUGAUGAUAUCUGAGGACGGUAAUGUUGAGAAAAAAACAAACUUGUAAUUUGUCUAUUUGGGAGUUAUAUUUUAUGCAUCUUGUCAUUGAGUAAGUGGGCAUGAGUGAAUUAAAAGAGUGACUGUGUUUGUUUUAUCUUCUCUAUGUCUCUUCCAUUAUCGUAUUGAUAUAUAUUAAUAGUCCUCUUGAUUCGAACAGGUAAUCUCGUGGUCUUGAAUGGACAGAAGGAGAUCAUUUGGUCAUCAA